AUGGGGCCUAAGUUGGCAAAGCAAAAUGCCUCCAAAUUUGAUCCACUUGCGAUCAAGAUCGUGUACGUGAAGGCAGUAGGAGGUGAAGUGCCAGCAACAUCAUCCCUGGCUCCAAAGAUCGGUCCACUUGGUCUGUCCCCAAAGAAAGUUGGUGAUGACAUCUCCAAAAGUACCCAGGAGUGGAAGGGACUGAAAAUCACUGUCAAGUUGGUUGUGCAGAACCGACAGGCUAAGGUAGAAGUGGUGCCCAGUGCAUCAUCCUUGGUGAUAAAGGCACUCAAAGAACCCCCAAGGGACAGGAAGAAGGUGAAACAUGUGAAGCACAGCGGUAACGUUAGCAUGGAUGAAAUCAUAAGAAUUGCCCGUAUCAUGAGGCCCAGGAGUAUGGCAAGGACCUUGGCUGGAACCUGCAAGGAGAUUCUUGGUACUGCCCAGUCUGUUGGAUGCUCUGUUGAGAAGUGCCCUCCCCAUGACGUUAUCGACAAAAUCAACAGUGGUGAAAUCGAAGUGCCUGACGAGUAAACCAAGCAAGAUCAUUUUACAAUAAAAA